CCCAAACUGACAGCAUUGUUAUGGAUCAGGGAUAGAAAAGAUUGAAUUCCAGAUCUCUAAAUGCUUUGAUUGCUCAUCGGUAACUGAGGGACCAGAAUCCAGUAGCUUAGUGACCUUCAACGUGUGAAGGAGGAGAGAUUGAGGACGACAUUACAUCUGGGUGACGAAAACCAAGUGGCCAAGAAAAAAUCAGGUAAGCAGACACCAGUUUAAUCAAAGUUCUGCCAUUAGAAUUAACUGUUGUCUUUUUGCUGUGAAAGUGUCCGAGAAAGUUAAGUUGCGAAAAGCAUGGAUUCGAGUCCCAUAUGUGUGGUGAAGCACAACUAAAGUCUGAUUACAUUUAUAAUUAACUACUUAAAUAGCUUAUAUCAAAUACAUUUCCAUUAGCAAACUAGGGCUAUCGCCUCCGACUGCUGAUGGUAUAUCAGUCGUUUUCAGUCCCCGAUCAUUCCUACCACUCCCGUCCACCUAUUUAUAAAAUUAGAUAUUAUAUACAAAAUAUAGAACACAUACAUUUAAUAUCUUUACAUAGAUAAGAGUGUGCAUAGUGCAUAGUGUGUGCAACCAAACAACUAUUGUGAAAACAAAGCUAAACAAAAUUGGGGCAAAUCUACGUAUCCACCCAGUUAGACGUUAUGGGUCAAACAAAAAUUCAAAAGAAGUGUAUGUGAUGCGCGCACAUCCAGUAAAACAGGUGCUGGAUCAAAACAAACGUGCAUAAAGGAAGAAAGAAAAUCCGCACACUGUUGCUGCUCACCGAUUUAUUAGAACACAACGUUUCGACCUCAGGCGGUCUUCGUCAGGUGUAUAGGUGUGUGUCAGCCCGUGAGUGACAGUUCUUAUAGAAAAGGAAGGGGCGGGCAUAGGGUCAGCUGAUAUGAAAUAACAAUGUUCCCAAAAUUGACACAUUAUCCCAAGGAAUUGCAUAAUUAAAAUGUGAAAAGACAAGAGAAUUACAAAAUGAAAGACAAUAAUAAUAAAACCCAUACAGUGAAUAAAUAUAUACACGUCACCAAUACCUUAGAUUGCCAGUGUUACCAAAUCAAUAUUUACAAGAUUACACAUUACAACAAUCCUAAUGCAUUCCAGAAGUUCUGCAGAGUUGAAGUUAAUCCCAAAUUAUAGGAAAGGCUUAAUGUCAAACUCCUCAUUUAAUCCAUGUGGGGACAUAGUAUUCAGGAGAUGGAUAUAGUAUGUCUCUCGUUGUAAAAGAAGGCGAUCAUGAUUGCCCCCUCUAGGGGGCCUGUCCACCUUUUCAAUGCCAGUGUAUCUGAGAGUACAUAUACUGUGUCCCGCAGAGAGAAAAUGUGCCACUACAGGGUUGCGAAUAUCACCGCAUCUGAUAUUACUGCGAUGCUCAGAUAUGCGGGUGCGCAAAGCUCGGUUUGUCUUACCGACAUAGGCAAGUCCGCAUGGGCAUUUAAUUAAAUAAACAACAAACUGUGUGUUGCACGUAAUUACUCCCCGUAUGCUACAGUGUUUCCCAGUGUGUGGGUGUGUGUACGUCUUGCUCUUCUGCGUGUAGCCACAUUGUGCGCAAUUCCCACACUUAUAGUUACCGUCGGGUACAUUGAAAGGGUUUUGUUGCCUGGUGGGAGUGUAAGACCUCACCAGCAUGUCUCUUAAAUUGGGGGCACGUUUAAAAACCAUGGAUGGGGGGUCUGUAAAAACAUUUUUGAGUUUGGGAUCCGUUUCAAUCACAUGCCAGUGUUUGUGAAUAAUCUUCCUAAACUCAGAGCCAAGAGGAGAAUAUCUGGUUAUACAUAAUGUGGAGUCGCGCUUCUGUUUUUGGCCAGUAGGUUUGGGAAUUAGACAUUCAGUUGUGUAUGUCUCACUAGUGGUGCAUAAUCUCCUAACCCGAUGGAACUGGCUGAUUGGGAGGCUUCUAAUGAGGUGACCAGGAUGGUAACUGUCACCCCGAAGCAGGGUGUUCCUAUCCGUGGGCUUUCGGAAUAGGUCCGUAUGCAGAGUGCAGCCAUCCUUGAUGAUUGGAACAUCUAGGAAGCUGAUUUUGGAUUGGUCAUAUUCAAGGGUAAAAUUCAAAUGAUCAUUCACAGAAUUGAGGUAGCGGUGGAAUUGUUUUAGAGAUUCUUCAUCACCAUCACCAGUUCUCGCCAACAAUUAUUUUCUUUUUAAAGAGGAAUAUUUCUUACAAGUCAAAGGGACGGCCAUGGGUAGCACCAUGGCUCCCAACUAUGCGAACCUGUACAUGGGUUUUUUUGAGAACCAAUAUGUGUUGAACUCCGAGGUUAAUCCACAUUUUAAAAGCCUUUUACUGUACAAACGCUUUAUUGAUGAUGUCUUUAUUUUGUGGAAUGGUGAUGAAGAAUCUCUAAAACAAUUCCACCGCUACCUCAAUUCUGUGAAUGAUCACCUUUUUUUCUUCCUUAUCUUGUUGAGGACGAGCCGUGCACCCCUACACCAAACUUCUGUAUGAGUAUACGCACUAAAAAUGAUUUAAGUGAGUAAUUACAAUGAUUCUUCCACGAUACAUUAAUCA